UAUUCAUUUGCAUAUACUAAUAUCAUUUUUUCUAAAAAUAAAAUUCUAAGCCAUUUUCAUUUGCACUCUUUUUUUCUACAUUAAUGUAUCCAUCACUCAACCUCCUUCCAAGUCCUUUUAAUUCUCCGUCUCAGUUCCUUCUUAUUCCAACCUCACUCGGUUUGAGAGCACGGAAUCAAUGAAGAAAAUAAUUAGAAUAUUUUUUCAGCGUUAGUAAAACCGUCACAUUAAAAUAAUAAAAAAGGAGCGUAAAUUAGGAAGAAAUAUUUUGUGAGGAAGAGAAAAAUGCGAGUGAAAGAGAUGCACCCGCUGUGCUGUAUCUCCCUCGAGAGUCCCGGAAUCGGCAAAUAUUCCCCGGAGCGGGAGCCGGCGGCGCUUUUCCGAACCAGGAGCCUUCCGGCGGCUGGAUCUCACGGCAAUGCCGCUCAGGGAUCGGAGACCACCGUCGCCGGCGUUCUCUACAAGUGGACCAAUUACGGCAAAGGCUGGAGAUCCCGCUGGUUCCUCUUGCGGAAUGGCGUUCUCUCCUACGCCAAGAUCCGCUGUCCGGAGAAUCUCAACCUCCUCACUCCAUCCGACGACGUUCGCCUCAUCGGAGAGAUUUCCACCAACCGUCUAGCACGAGUGGACAGCGCCGCCACCGUCACGCGACGGAAGCAUCGCAAAGCUUCUUCUUCUUCUUCUUCUGGCGUAGUCCAUCUCAAGCAGAUUUCGUCGUUUAGAGAGAGCAAGUCAGAUGAUCGGCGUUUCUAUAUAUUUACAGCAACGAAGACCCUCCAUCUGAGAACUGAUUCAAGGAAAGAUCGCGUGGCGUGGAUACAAGCCUUGGUUUCAACACGUGGCCUGUAUCCUCUUCAACCACUCAAUGAUCAUCUCUUGCUUGCACCCAAUGAUAUAUCCUUGUCAACCGAGAGGCUUAAGACACGCUUGCUUGAAGAGGGUACCGGUGAGAACCUUGUAAAAGAGUGCGAGCAAAUCAUGCUCUCAGAGUUCUCCGAAAUGCAAGGACAGCUUGAAGUUCUUUGUCAAGAGCGAUCUAAUUUGCUCGAUACAAUAAGGCAGUUAGAGGCAGCUAAUACUGAGCCUGAGGCCUCUGCUAUACACGAUGGUGAAUACCAAUUAACAAAGAAUGAGUUUUCAAGUCUUGGACGUGGAAAAUAUAGUGAUACUGGAAUGAUCAUGGGCACUGUCGCUGUGGAUAAGUAUGAAAUAAUAUUUUGUCCUUUGUCUUUAGAAUGUAGUACAACUGAAUCAUCUGAUGAUAUUGAGAAACAAGAGAUGGAGGAAGUGUCAGAUGAAGAUGAAAUCUCAUAUUAUGAUACUAGAGAGUGUUUUACGGAGCCUGAUUGCAAGUGUGAGUCAGCAGAAGCUAUGAAUCAAGUGGACAGGUGUAGGGAGGCCAACACACAAUAUACUGAUACAGAGAACAUUCAUCCUGAGAAAAUGGUGUGUAAUUAUAAGCACCCUCAGUUAGCAAGACGAAAAAAGCUUCCAGAUCCUGUUGAGAAAGAGAAGGGUGUUAGUCUUUGGUCAAUGAUCAAGGACAAUGUGGGAAAAGAUCUAACGAGAGUUUGUCUCCCGGUAUACUUUAAUGAGCCGAUAUCAUCCCUACAAAAAUGUUGUGAGGACUUGGAGUACUCUUAUCUUCUGGAUCAAGCUUAUGAGUACGGAAAAUCAGGAAACGGUCUCCUUCGGGCACUUUAUGUUGCUGCCUUUGCAGUUUCCGGAUAUGCGUCAUCUGAAGGUCGUAAUUGUAAACCCUUUAAUCCUUUAUUAGGAGAAACCUACGAAGCUGAUUACCCCGACAAAGGAAUUCGCUUCUUUUCCGAGAAGGUCAGUCACCAUCCAACUCUCAUUGCCUGCCACUGCGAAGGUAGAGGAUGGAAGUUUUGGGCUGACAGCAACAUCCAUUCAAAGUUUUGGGGAAGGUCAAUUCAGCUUGACCCAGUGGGUGUUCUGACCCUAGAGUUUAGUGAUGGUGAAAUAUUUCAGUGGAGCAAGGUCACCACCACGAUCUAUAAUCUUAUCCUUGGGAAAAUAUACUGUGAUCAUCAUGGGAGCAUGGAUAUACGCGGUAAUCGUACAUAUUCAUGCAGACUCAAGUUCAAAGAGCAGACGAUCCUUGAUCGAAAUCCUCGCCAGGUGCAUGGAUUUGUCGAAGAUGUAACGGGAAAAAGAGUUGCCACAUUAUUUGGCAAGUGGGAUGACAACAUGUAUUAUAUGAGUGGUAAUAUAAAUGUCAAGCCUAAAGAUUUCACUUCAGCAAACGCAUCCUUGUUGUGGAAAAGGACUAUGCCAUCUCCCAAUCUCACCCGGUAUAAUUUGACACCAUUUGCCAUCACUCUGAAUGAGCUUACUCCGGGACUGAAGGAGAAACUCCCGCCCACGGAUUCCAGGCUCAGACCAGAUCAACGGCAUCUAGAGAAUGGGGAAUACGAGAAGGCCAAUUUGGAGAAACAAAGGUUGGAAAAGCGGCAGAGAAUGUCAAGGAAAAUACAAGAAAGUGGUUGGAAGCCUAGAUGGUUCCGAAGAGAAGGUGAAAAUGGAACGUUUCGAUACGUUGGUGGGUAUUGGGAGGCGAGAGAGCAUGGAAGAUGGGACGGGUGCCCGAAUAUAUUUGGUGAAUUUAAUGAAGACUCUACCGAUCCGUUAGGUGCAUCUUCUUAAUUUGGUUCAGCUUUGCGAAGACGCUGAUGUCGGGAUCCUUAAAGCAGUCAUGGUACAGGCUUUUUGUGCAUUGCCCGUGUGUUGGUGUUAUAGGAACAAUGAACAAUUGAAAGGGUAGCAAAAUUAACUUGCAGCAUUUGUUUCUCGAUGCUGCUUUGUGAAUUGAAACGACUUACAUCGCCAUGUCUACUACUGUAGUAAUUUUCUUGACCUUAGGAACCGGGGUUUGCGCGGAAUCUGAAAUUGAAAUUGUUACUUGGUCUUGGUUUGGAUGUGCGUAUAUAUGAGGAAAAACCCAGCCGAGGAACAGUCGUUGGAUCACGGCGUCAUAAUUUUGCCCUUUUAUUUUUACAUUGUUCUGUUUGUAUGUAACUAUUUGGGGGUAUUAGCUGAUUUAAGGAAAGAUCCCCUAAUCCUGUUAUGGCUAUACUCAGCCCGAAAGGCUAUUGAUUUAUUAGCUAUUGCCUUUUAGUAUAAAUAAAUGACGAGAGGAUUUCUUACCUUUCUCCUUUUUUUCU